AUGACUGACUCCAAGUACUUCACAACCAAUAAAAAAGGAGAAAUCUUUGAAUUAAAGGCUGAACUCAACAAUGAAAAGAAAGAAAAGAGGAAGGAGGCUGUGAAGAAAGUGAUUGCUGCCAUGACUGUGGGGAAGGACGUUAGUUCUCUCUUUCCAGAUGUAGUGAACUGUAUGCAAACUGACAACCUGGAAUUAAAGAAGCUUGUUUAUCUCUAUUUGAUGAACUACGCCAAGAGUCAGCCAGACAUGGCCAUCAUGGCUGUCAACAGCUUUGUGAAGGACUGUGAAGAUCCCAAUCCUCUAAUUCGGGCCUUAGCAGUCAGGACCAUGGGGUGCAUCCGGGUGGACAAGAUUACAGAAUAUCUCUGUGAGCCUCUCCGCAAGUGCUUGAAGGAUGAAGAUCCCUAUGUUCGGAAAACAGCAGCAGUCUGUGUGGCAAAACUCCAUGAUAUCAAUGCCCAAAUGGUGGAAGAUCAGGGAUUUCUGGAUUCUCUGCGGGAUCUCAUAGCAGAUUCAAAUCCAAUGGCCGUACCUCCUAAUACCAUCUCCUUGGGGGUUAGAAUGUCCACAGACAAACGCAGUCGGGAACACAAACAUUCACAUCAGAGCACCAUGAAUACAUGCCCAGCCUACGGCACUGGUUCUGAGAUGAGGAGAAAAGGCCCACAUAGCAGAGCUGCUCAGUUGGGCCCAGAUUAA